UCCACCUAGCGAGCGAGGUGCUGCAGGAGGAGCGACGAGGAAGUGGAUAAAGAACGGAGGGGUGCGGAUCGCUUCUAGAAGAAGAAAGAAACAGAGGCGCAAGAGGAAGAGGAGCAGGCCUGGAGGAGGCGGGAUAGGUGCAGCCCACCGGACGGAAGCAGCUCGGCUUGGCUGGCUGGCUGGCUCGCUCGCUGGGUUGGGUUGGGUUGGGUUGGGUCUGGCUCUGUUGGGCCGGGCUGGGCCGGGCUGGGCUGGGCGUGCUGCUCUGUUCUGGGUGGAUAAGAAGAAGGGGAGUCUUAAGUUUGGGACAGCUCGUUGGAGCUUAGUAUUUUGCCGGAUUCUGGAUUUUGAAGAGAUUCUGCAAAGGCGGCUAGGUAGGAAGGGGCGGUGCAAUACAAUUGGGUUUGGGAAGAAACAGGGGCGAGAAUUCUUGGAAGCAGGGCAGCAGGGAUUGGAAUGGUGGUGGUCGUUGGUCUGUUGAGUUUUGCGUAGCAAAUGUAGCUGGCUACACUUGGUCGGGAGAGAUAUUGAAGCUGCCUCGUAGAGGACUCGGUUUACCAGAGCCUCAAAAUGGCAGGGAAAUCGAACAAGAGCAAAAGCAAGGCCAAAAAUGGAGGGACCAGUAAGGUUGCUCCGGCCGACCUUGCAGCAGGUGCAGUAGGAUUGUCUUCCGGAAAGCCAGAAACUGUAGACACAGAAGUUAAGCCCUCGCAAAACCCCGAAGUAUCACCAAAGACGAAGGCAGCGGCUCCAGUUGUAGAAAGUAGUAGCGACGAAGCUGGUGUCGCUAAGAAGUCCGAGGAUGGCGAAAUUCAAGAUGGAGAGAGCGCUGUCCUGGAAGGAGAAGACGAAUUGCGCUUGUACCCUAUGACUGUUAAAGGACCGUCUGGGGAGCAGAUGGAGUUGCAGGUAAAUCCGGGAGAUUCUGUCUUGGAUUUGCGACAAUUUUUGCUGGAUGCACCAGAGACGUGUUUCUACACUUGCUACGACUUGAUUUUGAACACUGCCGAUGGCAUGAGAUAUCACCUUGCAGAGUAUCUCGAAAUUGGGGAGGUUGCCGAUGUAGCUGCUGGCGGUUGCACUCUGGAGAUGGUCAAUGCGUUGUAUGAUGAUCGAUCAGUUAGGUCUCACGUGAGGCGCACGCGAGAGCUCAUCUCAACAGAAAACCUACAUUCUUCCCUGUCAACGGCGCUGGCUACGGAAUAUGAAGAAAAACAGGCUGCUUCUGGUCAACGAGAGGAAGGUGAAACUUCGUCGUCUGCUGUUGAAUCGAAGGCGAAGACCGUUGCAGUGAAGGAUGCAGGUCAAGGGAGCGUGAAGCCAGAAGCACCUGAGCUUGAAGGUCUGGGAUUUAUGGAUGAUACCACCGGACUCCUAGCAAACCUUGUGUUUACGCCGCCAGAGUCUGAAAACAGCUGUAUCGAGAGCAUCGCGUUUUCUUCGUUCAACCCUGUGCCUGGCUACCGGAGGCUCCAAGGAGACUUGCUCUACCUAGAUAUUGUCACAGCAGAGGGUCAAAACUGCUGUAUUACUGCACAUACCCAAGGCUUUUACCUCAAUUCAAGCAAAGGAAAUGUACUAGACCCUCGACAUGCCAAAGUUAACGUCGAAUCGGCUACUUUGGUAGGACUUCUUCGCCAGAUCAGCGAGAAAUUCACUGAAGGUUUCGCAGAGGUUCUAGAGAGAAAGGCCGCUGGUCAUCCUUUCCAGAAUGUGCCAGUUCUUCUUCCCCCUAAUCCAUGGCUGGGAGCCUAUCCUCCUCCCGCUCACAAGAGGGACAUCGCUCGAGCUGAGGAUUCUCUCAUGGUUCCUUAUGGCACUGAGGUCAUCGGAAUGCAGAGAGACUGGAACGAGGAACUCCAGUCCUGCCGGGAGUUUCCUCGUGAAAAUCUUCAAGAUCGGAUCAUGCGAGACCGAGCACUGUACAAGGUCAAUUGUGAUUUUGUAGAUGCAGCAACAAAAGGUGCAAAGGCUGUUAUAGGCAGAUGCAUUCCACCGAUAAAUCCGACCGAUCCUGAUCGCUUCCAUAUGUAUGUACACAACAACAUUUUCUUCAGCUUUGCUGUGGAUGGAGACUUCGCCUCAAUGCAGCAGCUGAGGGAGCAGGAGUUACAACAGCAAGCAGAUGGCGCAAUCAAAGAAGUAGAAGAUGAGAACGCGAAGAAAGUAGAGACUAACGACGUUUCUCCUGCGGAAGUCGUCGUAGUAGGCAGCGAAGUAUCUGAAGUUCCAAAGGCUGAAACCGACUCCACCACAGCCGUAGAAGGAGAAGAUUCUAAUGAUGGAAACGUUACCGCCACUCCCCCAGUUGUCGAGAGUGAGCAGGCAACUUAUGCAUCGUCCAACAAUGAUUUGAAGGGCACAAAGGCCUACAACAGCACAGACAUUGCGGGUCUUUACACCCUGGCCAUGGCCAUUGUGGACUACAGAGGACACCGAGUUGUUGCUCAGAGUAUCAUACCAGGUAUACUACAAGGUGACAAGACGGACUCAUUGCUCUACGGAUCUGUAGAUAACGGCAAGAAAAUUUCAUGGAACGAAAAAUUCCACUCGAAGGUUUUGGAAGCCGGGAAGCUUCUCCACAUUAAAGAGCACGAAGUUGUCGAUGGUUCCGGAAACAAAGUCAAGCUGUGCGCCCCGGUGGAGUGCAAGGGUAUCGUCGGAAGUGAUGAUAGGCACUACAUGCUCGACUUAAUGAGGACCACACCCCGAGAUGCAAACUAUACUGGACUGGGUUCGCGCCUAAGCGUCUUGCGGCCGGAGCUGAUUGCUGCUUUCUGCCAGGUCGAGGCACUUGAAAGAGUGAAGAAGCGAAAAGCUGAUGGCGAGGAAGCAGAUGAGAAAAUCCUUUUACAGGAGGAGCUACCGAAGAUUGUUCUGAAUCCAAACGUUUUCACGGAUUUCAAGGUUGCUGGGGAACCAGAGGAAGUUGCUGCUGACGAGGAGCUCGUUCGUAAAACCGCCAAGUACCUGGUGGACACAGUCCUUCCGAAGCUGGUUCAGGACUUGAGCAGUCUAGAGGUCUCACCCAUGGAUGGCCACACUUUGACGGAAGCUCUUCAUGCCCACGGCAUCAAUGUUCGAUACCUUGGUCAAGUGGCAAAGCUCUCGAAGCACCUUCCACAUGUAUGGGAUCUUUGCGUGGUGGAGAUGGUCGUGCGGGCAGCGAAGCAUGUGCUGAAGGGCGUUCUCCGUGAAACCCUUGACCAGGAUGUUGGGGGUGCCAUUGCCCACUUCUUCAAUUGUCUUGUUGGGGAGGAGACAGAUUCAAUUUCUGAGACAGAGGCCACUACCGAAACCGUUUCUCCCGUUAAGAAUGCGGAGGGAGCUGGAGAGGUCAAAGCACCGGAGAGCAACGGGAAAGUCAGCAAGAAAAAGAAAAAGCAGGAGAAAAAUGCUUCCGCCGUGAGCUCUGAUUCAGACAAGGCUGAGGCCGACAAAACCAAGACGGAAAAGGGGGAGAAGGCUGUCGAGAAUCGUCCCUCAUAUUUGUGUAUUACUUCAAAGUUGGUUUGGAUCGAUAUUCGAGAAUGUGUUAAGUUCAAAUAUCAGUUUGAAUUGCCAGAAGAUGCAAGGACAAGAAUUUGCAAAUUAUCGACCUUCAGAGACCUCUGCCAAAAGGUUGGAGUCAUGCUUGCUGCUCGAGACUACGCCCUUACCUCCAAUACUCCUUUCCAGAUCACCGAUAUACUUGACCUUCAGGCAGUCGUUAAGCAUUCGGCACCUGUGUGCGCGGAUGCUCGCGAUCUUCUCGAAAGCGGGAAGGUCAGGUUGGCUCAGGGUAAACUUAACGAAGCCUAUGAGCUAUUCUCGGAAGCUUUCACAAUCCUCCAGCAGGUGUGCGGCCCAAUGCAUCGGGAAGUAGCGAACUGUUGUCGGUACUUGGCUAUGGUGCUCUAUCAUGCUGGAGACAUGGCUGGUGCCAUUAUGCAACAACAUAAAGAGCUCAUUAUUAAUGAGAGAUGCCUAGGUCCGGAUCACCCUGAUACAGCUCACAGUUACGGCAACAUGGCGUUAUUCUACCACGGUUUAAAUCAGACAGAACUUGCCUUGCGCCACAUGGCACGAACUUUGUUGUUACUGAACGUUUCUUGUGGAUCGGACCAUCCGGACGUGGCUGCCACAUUUAUCAACAUUGCCAUGAUGUAUCAAGACAUCGGCCGUAUGCAUGUUGCUCUCCGUUAUUUGCAAGAAGCCCUUAAGCGCAAUGAAAGGCUAUUGGGGCCUGAUCACAUUCAAACAGCUGUGUGCUACCAUGCCCUUGCUAUAGCAUUCAACUGCAUGGGUGCCUACAAGCUGUCAUUCCAACAUGAGAGAAGCACAUACAAUAUUCUCUUGAAGCAACUGGGAGAAGACGACUCAAGGACUCGUGAUUCUGCCAAUUGGAUAAAGACUUUCCAGUUACGAGAGAUUCAAGCCCAUGCCCAUAAGCAGAGAGGACGGCAGACCCAAUCCACAGCGAAGGAAGCAGAACAGCUGAAGGCCCGCUCUGAUUUGGUUCAAGCUUUCCAAGCCGCGGCUGGUACCGGGCCAGGAGGACGAGGUGCCAUUAGCAAGGCGGCUGCGGCCGCCGCACUUCUGGGGGACGCUUUACCGCGGCCAAGAGGAAUGGACGAGAGGGCAGCACGAGCCGCAGCUGAGGCGCGAAAGAAAGCAGCUGCAAGAGGUCUGAAUAUUAGACCCCAAAGUGCUCCGGCAGCGGGCCAAGGUAUGCCACCCUUGGGCGAUCUUCUGAGUCUUCUUAACAGUAAUAAAGUUGCUCCUCCAGCCAAAACAGCCCCUGCAGCAAGUUCUAGCAAGGCAGCAACUGCGGUGAAGGGAGUAAAUGAGGGUAAAAAGGCAACUGCGGCUGCUGUAAAGCCAAGCGCAGAACCUGCUGCCGAGGCCAAUGGGUCUGCCGAAGGAAAAGUGGAGAAGGUGGCACCAUUGGGAUUGGGAGGCGGAUUGGGAGGUCUUGGCAUUGAGUCCAAGAAGCGGAAACCGAGGUCGAAGAACCCUGCGUAGAAUUUAUUAGGUUCACCCGUUGAGCUGUAUUUGGAGCCGACGUACCAGUUUUCCAUCAACAUCUGCCUUUGCGCGUUGAAGAGGAGAGUAAAUGGGUAAUAGAAUGUAACAAAAGGAUUCGUUUGAGUCAGCAUCAAACCAAGAUGUGACUCUUGUAGAGAUGGGUCUAAGGUCGAAAGGGGUGUGUGGUCUAAGGCCAGUUCUUUGCGACUAUGCUACCCCUCAAUUUUGCAGGUGGUGUGGAAGAAGAGCAGCCCCAUUGGAUGCCUCUGCACUAACAGAGCUUUGUAGGGUGAGAUACCAAGCUAAUAAAUCUCCUGGUUAAAUUCAAGAUGUUUCCUUUGCCGAUGUAGUCUAUGACUAGUCAUCAUGAGGACUAAGCCUUUUAGAAAACCUCAUACCUCUACGGCAGACUCACGGUGGAGGAGCUUACAAUCAGCGUUUAUUACCUGAUAGCGUGUGGUUAUACUGGAUAUGGAUCAGAUACUCGUCACCUGGACUAGGGAAGAAAAGAAUACUUGUCCCUACACGAAUAAAGUUUUAUGCAGACGAUUUAAACCUGCACAUUCAGGAGUGGAGUUCGUGGAGGUGCCGAAUUCAUUUGUAGGGUGCAGGGCAGAAGGUUGAAGUUGGUUGCCAGAUCAUGUGAAGAUGGAGAUCAGGUUAGACGUAAUGUUCAGUGUAGGACAGUGGGUAGGAGUUCUGCGUAUCAUUGUUGUGAAGGUAUUUAUUAAUUUUAUUUACUCAAAAUUCCGUAGGAUCGUGCUACCUCUUGAGGAUCCAUUGUGCCUUGAAUUUCUAAAGUCGUUC